CAAAGUAUGGCAGAAACAAAUCGAUCCGCUUCGUUGUCUGUGGCAAUUGACAGCGCGUCAUAAUGCUACGUUCCUUUCGAGUAAGAAGUUCAGUUCAGAAGAGGGAUGGAUAAGAUCAGUAUACCCUGGUUGACAAUAUGUGUGUGUACAUGUACAAUAUCAGGUGUUGGAACAAACAACAUCGCUCUGGGUAAACCGGCAACACAGAGUUCUGUUACCUAUGGUGGGACGGCAAAUCGGGCUGUUGAUGGUAACCGCGAUUCCAAUUUCUGGAGAAGGAGUUGCAUUCACACAUUACACGGAGAAACUGACCAGUGGUGGUCAGUCGACCUCUUGUCCAUCUACAGGAUCCACACAGUCCGGAUCCAGAACAGAGGGGACGAUGAUGGAUUCAAAUUUCAUGACUUUGAAGUGGAAGUGUACAAACAGAGCCCAGGCCAUUGUCCAGGCGCCAACAAGACAACGUGUGCCUCACACCCAGGAGCAGCGAACCUCGGUGAAAACGUUCAGCUGACGUGCGCUGAGGGGACAAUUGGCAGAUACGUAAAACUACUGAAAUUACCGCAGUUCAUAUCCAGCCCUGAGGACGCGCUAACCAUCUGUGAAGUAGAGAUCGAAGGUGUUCUUGUUCAUCAAUGCCUAAAAGAUAGACAAUUCCAUAAGCAUGCAGGGAAUAAGAUGCAGUCUUCAAACCCGACUAAUACUGGAUUAACGCGGGCGGAGUGUUCCAGGAGAUGUUACUAUGACAAUGGUUGCUAUGGUAUCAACAUCCGGGUCACUGAUGAUGAAUGUCAGCUCAUCACUGAAUUCGAUAGCAAUACAUUAGCAGACGACAGUGGAUGGAAUUAUUAUCGGCUGUGUUAAGUCAUUCAAUGAAAAAACAUCUAUUCAGUGUUUGUCCAUUAACACAUUGUCCUUGUCCAUUUAAAGGGAUGAGAUUGUGGAUUAAUUCCUAUCAGCAUGUGACUGACGCAUUGCGUUUUGUUGUCGACUGAAUAAUCCGUGAAAAGAAUAACUACUUCAAUUACGAAGCACAAGUUUAACACAAGACACCGUGCAGAUUUAUUACAUCAGGACGCAAUGAAGGAUGGAUACAUUUGUGAUUGUUGCGGAAGAACUAUCAAGUGUUGGAGUGUUCUGAAAACAUAUUUGCGGACAAUAUGUCGUUGAUAUGUCGCUCUGAAACCUUGUAGCGACCUCAGUGAAACGACACGUGAAGAUCCGGGGUAGAAUAGGUCUUCAGCAACCCAUGCUUGCCGUAAAAG